AUGCUCGAGACAACAUCUCAGUUCGGGUUUCUCAAGUUCUUGGUCGUCGCGGGUGUUGGACUGUUCGGUGAUGGAUACCUGAACUUGAGCAUCGGACUAGGUAUCCCCUUAUCCUUUCCUGUACCCUAUUCUCUCAAGACUUUCCUGACCCUCCCAGUUGUUCCGAUGCUCGGAUAUCUCUACUUCGCGGAUGAGGAGAACAAGAUCCCAACACUACCGGCCGACACGAUCAAGGCGGCGCUCUCGAUUGGCAUGAUCGUCGGCCAGCUUGGAUUCGGCAUCCUCGGCGACGCUCUAGGCCGCCACCGGAUUUACGGAAAGGAACUCAUGAUCACCAUCCUCGGCACGCUUCUGUGCGUGCUAAUGCCCUGGCGAGGCUUCAGCCACCACGAUGUGAUUGCGUGGAUGUCUGUUUUCCGCGUCCUCACCGGCAUUGGAAUCGGCGGAGACUAUCCCAUGACUUCAGCACUCUCCGCCGAACACAACCCGCUACAUUCGCGGGCAAAGCUCGUGCUCGCUGUCUUUGCGUCCAUCGGUCUCGGCGGCUUCACUGCUGGCAUCACGUACCUCGUUCUCCUUGCCGCGUUCAAGUCCUCGGUGGACCAUAAUAUUUACCAUCUCCACUGGGUCUGGCGACUCUUGUUCGCCCUCGGACUGGUGCCCCUGAUCAUCACGCUUUACUUUCGAUUGACCAUGCCUGAGAGCAAGCCCUACCAACAAUAUGUUGCUGAGGAGACGUCCCUGAAGAAGGACGGCAGACGGGGCCUUCACGAACAGUUCCAAGACUUCAAAACCUAUUUCUCCGAGUGGAAGCACGCGAAGGUCCUCUUCGCCGUCAGCAUGUGCUGGUUUCUCUUCGAUAUCGCAUUCUACGGCGUCAACCUGAACCAGAGCGUCAUCCUCUCGCGGAUCGGCUACGGCAAAGCCGACACCCCAUGGGGAACACUGUGGAAUACGGCUGUCGGAAACAUCAUCGUCGCAGCAGCGGGCUACCUCCCCGGCUACUACAUCGGCAUCUUCCUACCCGACUGGAUCGGCCGCGUGAGACAACAGUUCUACUGCAGCGCCGUCGUGGCCGGCCUGUACGCCAUCUGGGCAGGGGUGCUGACCGACAGCUCCACCAGCACCGGCGGGCUGAUCGCCAUAUUCACGCUGGCGCAGCUCUUUCUGAACAUGGGUCCAAAUUGCACCACCUUUCUCCUCCCCGUCGAGGUCUUCCCCACCCGCGUCCGCGGCACCGCACACGGCAUCGCCGCCGCGUCGGGCAAAGCCGGCGCCAUCGUCACGGCGUUCUCCUUUGCGCAGCUGACGGACGCGAUCGGCCUGUCUGCCGUGCUGGGCAUUCUGGCGGGGAUCAUGGCCCUCUGCGCGGCCUGCACGCUGCUUAUCCCGGAGACGAAGGGCCGGACGCUGGACGAGAUCGAGCAUGGGAUUCUGUACGGGGAGAGUCGUAGUCCCGGCGUGAGCUCAGACUCGGAUGGAGAGAGUUACAAGACUAAGCCUGGCCUAGGUGCUGGCCGUGGCGUGAGGGGUGGCAAUGGUGGCGAUGGUGGUGAUGGUGAUUCGUCGCCAGUCUUGGACGGGAGCACGAGCGUACGGCCCAAAUGGGAUAUGGACGCGGACAAGGGGAGAGGAGUAGGAGUGUGA